CCGAUCCAGUGCACGUAGUCUCGCUACAACCACAGCCAAGAGAGGGUGAGGAGCAGCUUCUCUGAACAUCUUCCAGAGCAACUUUUUCAGUCACAGAAAGUGAUCUUAUCAGAGGAAAUUUUCCGUGAAUCUCGCACACCAAUUACCAGUUCUCACUCUUCGCUGUUUCGGGGUAACUUACAAGAGUGUCUGUCAAUUGUCACUCGUAAGACCACACCUACGUGACCACCUGCUGCUGUAACACCACAAGUUGAUCAACGUUCGCCUACAACGUAGAAAGACCGAAACCUGGAUGGUUCCCACCCCUUUCUGAACUCCGGAAGAACAACAACUCGUUUAUCGAUCAGUUGAGGCUGAUCCUGCCAACGCCGCCGCCCCAGCCUGUAAAAAGGUCUCGUCAGCGACAUUUACAGAGUGGCUUGCCCCUAAAACACGCGCACUCAUGAUGUGUGCAUUCAUGACACCAGUUUUGAAGAAUGACUGGGAUCUAUACCACACGAGACGCUCGAGGAACAACUCUGAAAGUUCGGCGGUAUCGGCCCCAGCCACCCAGCGCUCGCGGCCAUCACAUGUCCGGAAACGAGGUAUAGGCGAGACUGGACGGAGCUUCUCGUACCACGCCCCAUGUCAUGCCCGCAGUGACAUGAUGUACGUAGGGUCCCCACCGAGGUCUUAUCAUUUGUCCACCAAAAAUUCCAGAUGUGCUUCUAGGACUUCCAUGGACCCUUCCUCUUCUGGGACUACAAGCCCACCCAAGAGUCCUCUGGCCACCACCACCACAAGUGGCCCCCCCAAAAGCCCAUCAUCCAGCUCUCUCACGAAAUUCCACAACAAGGUAAUGGAUAAGUUGAAAAACGUCCUCCAUCUGAAGGAUAACAGAAGUCAGGAGGAGGAGCAAGAAGAUUCGAGAGGCCAGUCAUGAGAAGGAGGUACCUGUACCCAAUAUUUUGAAGGAGUCAAGUAAGACACAAGUACUGUAUUUUAAGAGGUACAUAAGAGCUUCCCAAGAAAGAAGUGUUUCAUAGUAGGCUACCCAACUUGUGUAAACAAAAGGGUCAGGUAAGACUAGCAGUUAUUAUGAGAGAUUCAGAAGCAGGUACAUACCGUAAGCGAUGAUUUUUGUUUAAUAGUAAGGUAGAAGAAUCCAAGAAGACGUGAUGAGGGAGCAUUGUUAUCAAAGCAUAGAUGAGGAUUUUUUUGCCUUACAUGGAUAUAACUGUGCAAAAGUACUUAGAAUAUUUAUAAUUAUUUCUUGUUUCCAGUAAAUAAAGGAAGUAUUUAAUGUGGUUAUGCAAACAAUUUUUUGCAGUAAGAGAUUUGGCAAAAAAAAAGAUGUGGACUUUCUUAUAUAGUAUCUCUUUUAUGGUAAUUCACCAAGAAACUUGUUGAAUCACACUACUGUUAGACAUAAUAGAAUUGGUUUACAUAAAUCAUGUAAAACAUUUGAAAUUGUAUACAGUAUGGAACCCAUUCACUCUUGAGAUAUUGAACUUCAUCCCAUAAUGCUCUAAGUGUGUUCUUUAUGGGGAGCUGGAGGAAUAUAUUUGUACUGCCAUCUGUUUUAACUUCGGUGAAUUUGUUAUUUAGCACUUAUUUUUUACAUAGCUUUUACAAGAGCAUUAAUUUCAUCAGGAUGCUUAAUGUCAGCCAUCAAUGAAAUAUUAUUAGCUAAGAUGAUACUCGUGUGCUCUUUCGAGAAAAGGUAGUCAAGGGUUCAUAUAUUUAUUGCCAGUAAUAUACAAUGUAACAUUCUUAUAUUUUAGGAAAUAAAAAUAAAAAUACUUUAAAAUUCUUUUUAUAUUUAAGAUAUAUUUUUAAUAUUUUAUAAAGUAUUUCAUCAAAGUUGUUCACAGGUAUAUUAGUACUGCACUGUAUUUGUUCAUAGUGUCUGAGAGUAAUUGUUCAUAGCAAAAGGUUCCAAGUGUUUUAUUUUUUAAACUGCCAGUGUAUACGUCUGGCGUGUAUGCAUCUUUUGAAUGAGAAAUUUAUUUCAGUAACAUUAAGUUUGGCAAUUUAUAUUUUUCAAAAUUUAAAAUACAGAUACUAAUAUAAUGAAUGCAGUAAUUUAUUGUUUAUGCCAUGUAUAAGUCUUUGAAGAAAGGGUCAUUUAUUCCUAGUUAUUACUCAAGUAUUUCAUGUUUUUAUGAUAAAUUUGUAAAAUGCCUUUAUGCCAUAUUGGCAGCAUUUGUACCUGCUACAAAGAUAUGUCCAGUUUAUCUUACAUGCUCAGUGCUCACAGUUGAGAAUAAUUGUUUAGGAGUGUUGGUGGUACAGUAAGUAACGCUUGUAACUCUCACCAAUAUGUCAAGGGUAUGAGCCUCGGCCCAAACACAUGUGGGAAGGGUGUUAUUCACAGGUUUCCCAGUCUCUGGUUUCCUCCUGUACUAACACUGGAAAGACUGCCCAAACGGCUAUUAAGUUGAUAAGUGGCGAAAAUAAUAUAUAAUAAAAAACAGCACUGGAAAUUAAACACACACACACACACACACACACACACUUACCUACUUACUUACUUACCAAGGUUCAGUAUGAAAUUGUCUGCAUCAUGUUCUAAUGAAAAACAUAAAAUCAUUUCACAAUCAGAAAAUUAAAAGAACAAAGAGAUUUAAUUGUGUUCCCCAGGAUAAGGUAUUUCAUGAUUACAGUAUAUAAUAUUUAUUAUUCUGUAUUUUAGUGUCCAGCAUUAAAUGCAUUUCACUUCGGUUUUUGAGCCUUAUGGGAAUCUAAAUGUCAGGUUAUGCAACUUGUUCUAAAAUGAGUUAUGUUAAGAACCAUAUUCCAACUCAUAAAUAAACUCCAAAUUUGUUAAUAGAUUUUGAAAGUAUGAAUUUAUAUUGAAGUUGCAAAUUAUAUUGAAAAAGUUUUCUAAUUCAUAAAUUUUAUUCUGUAUUUUACACCCAGGACAUUAACUGGACAAAAGAAACCAAAGAGUUAUAAAAAAUUUAUAUAAAGUGAAUUUCCAGAGUUGAUACUUUUGGUCAUAAAACUUGGUAACUUGCUUCAACCAUGUAAAAUUAAAGCAAAAUAUUUAUCCAUGAUAGUACAGUACUGUAUAUUGUCGUAGCUGGACGAAUCGUUGAAUGACAACUUGGAUGGCAUGGCAUAUGGCAGCUGUCUAAAUUAAUGCUCAAAUAAGUUUUUUAUUUAUUUUUUCAUAAAUGAUUGCCUGAUUCUGAUCUGUUAUAAAAGUACAAAGGUAUUUUAGGAUUGUCUAUGGUUGGGUGCUGUGGAUCACCCAAUGGGACGUUUACUACUCAUCCCUGAGACUUUCUUUUAGGCUGAGCAUUGUAGUUUGAAUAUUGAAUCCAUGAAAGUCUGAAAUAUCCACUGUUUUGGACUUGAUAUCAGGCACAGGAGGUACAAUGUACUGCAUUUUGAAGAUGCAUUAUACUGUACAUAAACAGUAUUACAGUAUUUGCUUACAUUGUAGGUGUUGUAUGAAGAAAAGUGUUUAUAUAUAUAUAUAUAUAUAUAUAUAUAUAUAUAUAUAUAUAUAUAUAUAUAUAUAUAUAUAUAUAUAUAUAUAUAUAUAUAUAUAUAUAUAUAUAUAUAUACACUGAUUCAUUUAGGUUUUAUUCAAGAACCUGAGUCUUCUUACCUCUGUAAAAUCAAUGCAUUUCUAAAUGUCAGUUUGAGGUACUGUAUGUUUAAAUGAGUAAACACAGCAGGGUUUUAUGCAGUUGCUCUCCAGCAUAGUUGACUUCAAAAGAUUCUCAUACUUCGUUGCGUCUGUGGUGCUAACUUAAAUUUUCAAGAAUCCCAGAGGUUAUUUACCUGUAUAUGUAAAAUGUCCUUCCUAUAGAACUAGAAAUUUAGUAAUAUUCAUAACUAUAAUGGCAAUUCUGUAUACAGUACAGUAUACUGUAUGUAUAUUUGGUUUCUAAAGUGCAGUUUUCUUUUGGAAGGUACAGUAUUUAUGCAUUAUCUGUGUAACUUACACACGUGUGUUCAGUCAGUGCCAGAAUUUAGUAGUAUAAAUUAUUUUUUUAAGUACCCAGUAACUCCAAGUUCAAACCAAGACUUCGCUUUUCUACAGCAGUGCCAAUCAUUGUUGAAAAUUUACACAUCUGUUUACUACUUUUUUGUACUUUUUUGAAGACAGAAAUUAAAUUUUGACUUAAGUAAUCAAGCAAGUGUAUUUACAUAAUCCUAUUUGUAUAUAUGGUCAUAUUUUUUUUUUUUAAUAAAUUUAUGGUUCAUCGGGUUAUAAGGCAAACUUUAUAAAGAGCUACUUAUUCUAGAAUUUAAAAUACUGGGAAUGGGUAGUAAAUAAAAAAAAAUGCAUAAUA